GCUCCAUGGUGCAGGACGGCGGCAUGUCCCGCACGCCCUACAGCUCCAGCCAGGACAUCCAGAUGGAGGUCUUCGACCAGCCGGGCCUCCAGGGAAAGUACGGCAAGCGAAAGAGCCGCUUCAAACGCUCCGACGGCAGCACCUCUUCUGACACCACCUCCAACAGUUUUGUCAGACAGGGUUCUGCUGAGUCGUACACCAGUCGCCCGUCUGACUCCGAUGUGUCACUGGAGGAAGAUCGCGAAGCCCUGCACAAGGAAGCAGAGCGCCAAGCCCUGGCACAGCUAGAAAAAGCAAAGACCAAGCCAGUAGCAUUUGCCGUGAGGACAAAUGUCGGCUACAACCCUUCUCCCAAUGACGAUGUGCCUGUCCAGGGAAUGUCUAUUUCUUUCGAACCCAAAGACUUUCUUCAUAUCAAAGAGAAAUACAACAACGACUGGUGGAUCGGACGCCUGGUGAAAGAAGGCUGCGAAGUUGGCUUCAUCCCUAGCCCCGUCAAGCUGGAGAACAUGAGGAUGAUACAGGAACAAAAGAUGAGGCAGCACCGGCUCAGCUCCAGCAAAUCGGGAGACAACUCCACCUCCAGUCUGGGAGACGUGGUGACUGGCACCCGGAGACCCACCCCGCCUGCAAGUGGUACCUUGGACAUGACUAACUUAGCUUAUGACCCCGACGCCCUUGACUUAGAGGAGGAUGAGGAGGCAACCGAGGAGCACCUGCGCAUCCCUAAGACUAGCGUUAGCAGCGUCACCACGCCCCCCUCCGCCACCAAGCGCAUGGCCUUCUUUAAGAAGACAGAGCACGUCCCGCCCUACGACGUGGUUCCUUCCAUGCGGCCGAUCAUCCUAGUGGGUCCCUCCUUGAAGGGCUACGAGGUGACGGAUAUGAUGCAGAAAGCUUUGUUCGACUUUCUGAAACGCCGAUUUGAUGGCAGAAUAUCCAUCACGCGUGUGACAGCCGACAUCUCCCUGGCCAAGCGCUCUGUCCUCAACAACCCUAGCAAACACACCAUCAUUGAGCGCUCCAGCACCCGCUCUAGCCUAGCUGAAGUGCAAAGUGAAAUAGAGCGCAUCUUCGAGCUGGCCCGCACACUGCAGCUGGUCGCCCUGGAUGCCGACACCAUCAACCAUCCGGCUCAGCUCUCCAAGACUUCACUGGCGCCCAUCAUUGUCUACAUCAAGAUAUCUUCCCCCAAGGUGCUGCAGCGAUUGGUGAAGUCGAGAGGCAAAUCCCAGGCGAAGCAUUUGAAUGUGCAGAUGGUGGCAUCGGACAAACUGGCACAGUGUCCUCCAGAAUUGUUUGACAUCAUCCUGGAUGAGAACCAGUUGGAAGAUGCCUGCGAGCACCUGGCUGAGUACCUGGAAGCCUAUUGGAAGGCCACGCAUCCUCCCAGCAGCAACCCACCCAAUCCGCUGCUGACGCGCACCAUGGCAACAGCUGCCUUGGCUGCCAGCCCCGCCCCCGUCUCCAACCUCCAGGGACCCUACUUAGUGCAUGGGGAAGAGCCUCACAACGCCGAGCAUACCGGCCUGCACAACUGCUCGGGGCAGCCGGUGGGGCGUGGCCAGAUCCAGCCAGUGCAGCAUCCCUCCCACCUGGCCGCCCGGGGCCUCUCCCGCCAGGAUACCUUCGAUUCGGAGACCCAGGGCAGCCGUGAUUCUGCCUACACCGAGCCGGGGGAUUCCUGCAUGGACAUCGAGACCGAUCCCUACGAGGAGCCGGAGCCCCAUGGCCCGGGCCACCGCCACCACCAGCGCCAGCCCUCCUGGGACGCCGAGGAACCCGACCGACAAAACCACAACCGGCCUCUGCGCGGGCGGGGCAAGGGGCGGGAGCGCUACUGCCAAAAUGAGGAGGGGGAGGAGACGGUUGGCCACAACCAGAAUGAUGUCGAGAACUGGGGGCGUGACGCUUAUAUCCAUUAA